UUAAGUAGCCAACAUUUUGCUGAUAAUACUUACAAUAUAAGGAUUUUUCAUAUUCACUGGAUUUGAAUAGGCUACUUCUUUCACUGCCAUUGCCAAGCUUUCCCUCACAUGCCUGGUGAGACGGAAGCAAUUACCCAAUUACGUCCGUCAUCGUGAAAUGACGUUGACACCUCCUGCAAUCACCCGGCAAUCUCAGGACCAACAAUAGCGAGCAAUAAUAAUAAUUAAAGGCGAUGGAUGAUCAUUUGUCAUCAUGACUUUCUCAUCCUGGUAUCGGCACCGUGGUACUUUUAAAAACACCCGCUGACGCGCAGCUGUAUCAGGAGGGGCAUUUAACUUUCAUCAAUAGUCAUUUCUAUCAAAGGCAUCGGGAGUGAAACUUCAACAAGUCUACAACUGCAGCCCGUCCCCCUUCUGCGAUAUUGGUUCACAGAAAUAAAACUCGACUAUGGUGGAGCUUUUCUAAAGUUAGAUCAAGCUGAUUAAUUGCAACAAAGGAUUAUUAUACCGCUGUUUAGAUCUGACAUUUUCCCCUGAGAACAUGGGCAGACCGUGCAUAUGCUUUUCAUGGACUUGCAGACCGGCGUGGGCAGUUUUUAUUAUUCUGGCUACAAUGCCUUGUGUGUUGUACUGCUCAGAUAGUCCAGCAGCGGUUGUUGGCAAAAUGUAUCCACGCGGCAAUCACUGGGCAGUAGGUCAUUUGAUGGGGAAGAAGAGCAUCGAGAGCCUGCCUGAACUGCAGGAGACAAACAGUGACUACCUCACACCCCCAGAAACAGCUGGGCCCACAGAGCCGGACCUGUACGAGCGUCUGAUGGAGGCUCUGAUGCAACAAAAGAACCAAAAACAGAUGAUGCCUCAAACUGCGGACGGGCUGUUCCGGCUGCGCAGCGGCUGGAGAGAAGAGGACAGAGACAAAUAUCUCAGAGAGAUGUCAGACCUGCUUCUUCUGGCUUUGAAACUCCAAGACAAUGACUCCACCUGAAUGCAAGACGAAUUAUGUUUGUCAUCAUUAUCUAAUAAACAUAUUUCCGGUAAUUACAUAUCUUCACUUUGUUUCUGCUGUAAGAAUAUACUGGAAAUCUAAUAUUUAAGCUUAUCUAAGUUUAUUGUCUCAGCAAUUUCUAAUGUGUAAUUUGCAUAUCAUGCGGGAGUUUGAUUACAGCCUGACAUGACAAGGUGUAGCCUACAUGAGCAGAGAAUGCUGAAUAAAUUUAACGUU